AUGUUGGGGGUGCGAGUGACCAAGCUCCUUUCGACAGAGGAUCGUCUCUUCACGGUGCACGAAGUGUCCUCCACACUCACGAUUCAGAAAUUUCCAAAGUUGGGCUUUAAUGCAACCGCGCCACUCAUCGCAAACGUAUCCAUAAUACCGAAAGAUCUCCGUUGGGUUCGAAAUGGGCUGGAGCAGAAGAAACGGAAUAUCGCGAGUGAUCCUUCCUCCUUGGGCCCCAGAGGUGAUUCGACCGCUAUCUUUGAGUAUGUUCGGAAGGGUACCCAACGCGAGGGAUUGAGAUUGGUCAGACAGGUGUUUACAGGGUUAAAUCAAAUCCGUGGGAUGAUCAUGAUGAUUGGCCUGGAGGAGAACGGAAGUGAGAGUUACCUGAUUGCGGCUGGUGUAGCUGGGUCAGCUGGCACGAUUGUGCUUGAACGGGUCGACGGGGGUGCUGAUUUGAAGGUGGUAGCGAGGAAUACAGAGAUUCCAACAAGAACCGCGUUCUUGUGGCUCCAGCAAGUCACUUACUAG